CAGCACAGCUCGUUGAAACGCGCAUGCUCGGUUUAGCUCAGCGUGUAGUGGCUUUAUUCUAACUUCACAGUUUACACCGACACAAUCCGUUAUGAACACCACCGUAUGAAUACAAAGAUGGGCAGCAUAGAUACACAUAACGAGUUUAUAACUCAGCACCUCUAAGUAGCCACACUUCAUUUGUUAUAUGUAAUGUUUACAAUGUACAGCAAAAGGAUUUCCGCUGCUAACGUUACAGGUAUAACGGCUGCACUUCAUCGGCUCUUCGGUCGCAGCAUGGCCUCUGAAUCCGUAACGCGCUUUGAUUUUCUGGUGAUUGGCGGAGGAUCCGGAGGGCUGGCCGGCGCGCGGCGGGCGGCUGAGCUCGGUGCCACUGCAGCCGUGAUCGAAAGUAACAAACUCGGAGGUACCUGCGUGAAUGUUGGUUGCGUUCCUAAAAAGGUUAUGUGGAACACAUCCACCCAUGCAGAGUAUCUCCAUGAUCAUGAAGACUAUGGGUUUGAGGGAGCAAAAUCACAUUUCAACUGGCAACUCAUUAAACGCAAAAGGGAUGCUUACGUUAGUCGCCUGAAUCAGAUUUACCGGAACAACCUUGACAAGGGCAAAAUUGAGUCCAUUCAUGGCUAUGCAAGGUUCACAGAUGAUCCUGAACCUACUGUUGAAGUUAAUGGAAAGAAAUUCACAGCUCCUCAUAUCUUAAUCGCCACUGGCGGCCACCCAUCCACUGUUAGUGAGGAUGAUGUACCAGGAGCCAGUUUAGGCAUUACCAGCGAUGGAUUCUUUGAACUUGAGUCUUGCCCUAAACAUAGUGUGAUAGUUGGGGCAGGAUAUAUUGCUGUGGAGAUGGCUGGUAUCCUUUCCACUCUUGGGUCCAAAACCUCCAUCAUCAUACGACAAGGAGGGGUACUGAGAAACUUCGAUGCCUUGAUAAGCUCAAAUUGCACCAAAGAAUUGCAAAAUCAGGGUAUUGACUUACGGAAACAUAGUCAGGUUAAGUCAGUGCAGAAGACUGACAAAGGCCUUUCUGUUAAGCUGGUGACAAAAGACCCUGAUGACAAAGAUGCACAGGAGAAGUGCGACACCAUCCAUGAGGUGGACUGUCUGCUCUGGGCUAUUGGCAGGGAACCCAACACCGCUGGCCUCAAUCUCAGUUCAAUAGGUGUGAAGCUUGAUGAAAGGGGACAUAUCGUGGUGGAUGAGUUCCAGAACACUACUCGUGCAGGUGUCUAUGCAGUUGGGGAUGUUUGUGGGAGAGCUCUUCUUACACCUGUUGCUAUUGCUGCUGGCAGAAAGCUUGCUCACCGGCUGUUUGAGGGCAAAGCAGACUCCAAAAUUAAUUAUAAUAACAUCCCUACCGUUGUGUUCAGUCACCCACCUAUUGGCACAGUGGGACUAACUGAAGAUGAAGCAAUCAAGACCUGGGGAAAGGACAGUGUGAAGGUUUAUACCACUUCUUUCACCCCCAUGUAUUAUGCCAUCACCGCUCGAAAGAGUCAGUGCAUCAUGAAGUUGGUGUGUGCUGGCAAAAAUGAGAAGGUGGUUGGUCUCCAUAUGCAGGGUUUUGGCUGUGAUGAGAUGCUUCAGGGUUUUGCUGUGGCUGUGAACAUGGGAGCUACUAAAGAAGACUUUGACAGAACCAUUGCCAUCCACCCGACGUCCUCAGAAGAGCUAGUAACACUGUGCUAAUCAAGUGUUCAUAUCCCAACAUGACAGCUUCGUUCCAAUCUAAAUAACAACAAAAAAAAAAUUCUUUGACUAUUUUCCAAACAUUAAUAUUUUGUAAUGACAAGAAGCAUAUAUUUGGUUUGUUAAAUCUCUGGGGUCAUGUAUUAUUGCCAGUGAUUAAGAAAGACACAUUACAACCGUUCAUCAGGCUGUGUCUCUCGUAC